AUGCAGGACCGAUACAUUUACAAAGCUGUUGAGCAGGCCUGCGGUCAGCUGCUGUCUAUGUUGGAACCUCCGCCACACGACAUGCAAGAGUACCUGGAUUCAACGGAGUCCACUGGUGCUGACGGCAUCACUGCCGUGUUGGUCCGCGAGAUCAAACGCGAGCGGGUUUUGCUGUUGCGAUGUGUACAAGCGUUCCAGCAGCGGCAGCAGGAAGCAGACCUGAGACCGGUUCCCACCACUCUGGCAGAACCUUUGGCUCGGCUCAGAAGCGGCCAGGCAAACGGGCCAGAUGUGACCCAGGCACUGCAAUCUGGACAUGUGCUGUCAUGUGCAGUGGAUACGUCUAGAUACAAUACGUUGCAACUGUGUGGUUUUUCAAGAUUUUUGAACCAGAAAUCUCCGUACCAUGCGAUCUAA